AUAUAUAUAUAUAUUAUUGUAUUUAAAUAUUUUAGGAAAUCUAUUUAUACAAAUAUUUUUGUCUGAUUAUGUUUAAAUAAAAAUUGUUUUAUAAAUUUUUUAAUUUAUACUUAAAAUAUUAUUUCUGGAUAGAAACACAAUAUAUAUAUAUAUAUGAAUUAUCCUUUUUUAAGAGUUUGACAAUUUUAUAUUAGUUCAUAAUUAUACAAAUAUUUUUGCCUGAUUAAUAUUUAAUUACAAAUUGUUUUAUAUAUUGUUGAUAACUUUUGGUUUUAUUUAGGGACAUUAUUUUUUGUUAUUUCUUUUACUAUUUUAUACGUACUAUUUUGCAUUUGCAGUUUUUUCUUUUUUAAAUUAAAAAAGUCCCUCUUAGAUAACUAAUGAAUUAUUAAAAAAGGUGGUCUAACUAAUCUAUCAAAACCCAUUUAAAAACAAACAACGAAUGUAAAACUCCAUAAGAGCAUCUUUAUCGCUCGUAUUUACUGGGGGUUCUUAUGUUAUUUAGGAAUUAAAAUAAAAGAAAAUUAGCUUAUAUGUGAAAACACGUCUCUUAUUUGGAGACUACAAGAGACGGAUAUUAUUAACACGUGUCCACUUUUGAGACUCUACUCUCCUUCUUACCCGACUUGGCUCUUCUUUCAAUUUCUCUCAAUUCGCAGCGAGAGAGAGAGAGAUGGUGCCGCCGGCAACGGAGCGGAGAAAAAAAUCAUCAGACCCGGGACCGGUCCCAAACCCGCUCGGGUCAAACCGUCACCGUUCACUGCACCGGAUUCGGAUGGGAUGAAGGCGUUAUCGGAAUGCAAAUUGGAGAGGUUGCUCGCACAGAGAGCUGCUGCUUCUGCUAACUUCCUAACCAAGGAAAUGCCAAGCCCUAGAGACUCUAAUCAGAGGGUAAGAAGCAGGAACAGAGAUACGGCGUUUCAAGCUAGGUUGCAGAGAGAGGAUAUCUCGAGGUUACUUGUGUCUGAAGAGAGAAGCGAGAGAAGGAGGAGAGGCGUGAGGUUGUAUCAAGAUAGCGAUGCAGCAUUUGCGUCUGCGUUUGGCGGUACGGUGGCUGAGACAACUUCCACUUCUUCUUCUUCAUCAACGGCUCUAGCCUUUCUUUUGUUGUUACCUAAACAAAUUUGAUGUACUAAUACAGGUUGCAGAGGGAUGCAUUGCCUCUUUUCAGUAUGCUAAGAGUAAAAUUUAAGUCUUGCAUAGAUAGAGAACCUGAACCACUGCUUAACGAGGUAUGCAAGAUUAGUCUCCGCAUGUUUUGAUAAUUAUUAUUAUCUCCUUCCUUACUCUUGUUAUCCUCUACAAACUCAAAGUCGUGAAAACUCCAAAUGCUGUGAAUCCCCUUGUGCUUGGUUCUUUUGUAAGUUUUUCAAUCAAGAACUUGAAUAUAGAGUUAGCUUGUACUAUGUUUUAAGAAAGUUUAAGUUUAAUAAGAAAAAUCAAAAAAAAAAUUGGUGUCUAAUUAAAUUUUUUUUUUUUAAACUCUUAAUAAGAGACUUGCAAUGGAGCACCUAAAUGUUCGGGUUUCUUAAUCCAGUCUCUUAAUUCACUUUUACAAUUAAAAAGUAUUAAAAAAAAAAUAAGAGACCCAUUUAGGGUCUCUAGGAUAAUGGUGCUCUAACCGCUAAUAAUGUAGAAAUUAUUCUGUCCGAAACAAUUCAUUGUUCAAACUGAAAAACAUUGAAAGAAGAGCCACCUACGUAAGAAGUGAGCCGAUUCAUAGUGUGUAGGGAGGGAACAGAGCCAUCACUGUUCACGACAACCCAUAGCCGAGUCAAUACUUCCCGAAACAAAACUUCAUAAAAAGACAAACUUUAAAGACAGAGAGAGAGAGAGAAAGCGUGGCCUCUAAUCAACCCAACACCCUCUGUCAGAAAAGCCUGACUUUCUCCUCCAUCCCCAGCGCAUGUUUGUUUCCUCCAUAGAAAGCAAAACAAAAUCUCACUCCCUAUUAACAAAAGUUUCAACCUUUACUCCAUACAUAACAACAACAAAGCUCCAACCUUUCUUCAUUCCCACGUUUUAUAAUCCUUCUCCGCCAUGACGACAACGUCUAACACCGACGCGAUGAGACUUCACGGCGUAAUAACGGCGAAUCCUCCUCCGGCAACAGAGCAGCUCCCUUGUCCUCGCUGCAACUCGACCAACACGAAGUUCUGUUACUACAACAACUACAACUUCUCCCAGCCCCGUCACUUCUGCAAAUCCUGCCGCCGUUACUGGACUCACGGCGGUACUCUCCGCGACAUUCCAGUCGGCGGCGGUACUCGCAAAGCCGCCAAACGCUCCCGCACUUGCUCCUCCUCCGCCGGAAGCCGCAGCGUUCCGUUACAAGCGACACCUGUUCUGUUCCCUCAGUCGUCGAUCUCUAACGGCGUUAGCCACACCGUAACCGCUCCUCUUGACGGAAAGGGAAGCGCUUUAUCUCUCAGCGGCAGUUUCACCUCUCUGCUGAACCAAAACGCCACUGCAACGCAUGGAUCCGGGUCGGUUCUCGGAAUCGGGCUUGGGUCGGGUUAUGAUGACGUCAGCUUUGGACUCGGGAGGGCGGUGUGGCCGUUUUCAACUGUGGGUGACGCUGGGACGACGAAUGUAGGGAGUAACGGUGGUCAUCAGGGAGUUGUUACGAUACCAGCCACGUGGCAGUUCGAGGGUUUAGAGACCAACAACGCCGGUGGGUUCGUCUCCGGUGAGUACUUUGCGUGGCCGGAUCUCUCCAUCACAACUUCAGGGAACUCACACAAAUGAAAGCUUCCGUCUUUACUAGAGGGUUUCGAUUAGCUUAUGUCUCUCUUAAUGGAUUUUGUCAAUCUUUAGUGACCUCUUACUGUUAGUGUGUCUGGUGUUUUUAGAACUUGGUGUACUGAAACUAGAAAACAGAGAAAGUUUGUGUUUUUUUUUGGGACCUAACGAUCUUUAACCU